GUCGCCCUUCAGACCACAUCUCUAUCCACCGACAGUAUCAUCAUUACAUCCUUCCAACGUGCACCAUUCUGCUGCCAUGAGGACCUUGUUACCAUGCCUCGCCCUGAACUUGUACAGGUUGCUCAGAGUAUCAAUGGACGUCUGCCAAAGGCACUACAAAUUGCAUGCGGUUAUGAUGUAGAAGAUGCGGAUAUUCGGAGAGCGAUAGAAGUCCUA